AAAUCAGUGGAUUCUGGAGUUAUCCUAUUAUCUGUCAAAAGUUAUCGAAAUUUUAUCGAAAAAUACUUGAAAUAUGACUGAUAACAUGCGAUUUACGGGCGAAGUGUUCACCAUACCCUUAAAGUAAACUUCGAAAAGUGAAACUAAAUCUGCAAACACCUUCUGUUGCGGAAGAUUCCAAUAUACAAACACUUUCCAGUGUCAACUCCGGCAUAAAGGUUUCAAACGAGUAUGACGCCUUAAGGCCAUCGAUCCUACAUUCGCCAUCAUUCCAGUUUACAAAUUGUGAGAACAAAGUGAAAAAUGGCAAGAUACUUUGAGAAUACAACAACUUUCAACUUUAGUUGGGACCAAGUUGCCUGUGGGUAUUGGAAAAGGUACCCUAAUCCACAAAGUACACAUGUGUUAUCCGAGGAUACAUGGAGUCGGCAGGUGAGGGAUGGAUGUUUGUAUACAAAGCGUGUUCUCACAAAAACCAAUAGGGUGCCAAAGUGGGGUGAAAGGUUUUUUAAUGCCAAAUCCAUAAAGAUUAUCGAAGAGAGUAUAGUUGAUCCGAAAGAGAAAGUUCUAGUCACUUACACAAGGAAUUUGGGAUACACAAAAGUCAUGAGCGUGGUGGAGCGCGUGGAGUACCGUUCUCUGGGCGGGGGGCAGACGGUGGCGCGCCGCUCCGCCUGGAUAGACUCCCAGGUGUUCGGCUUCUCGCGCGCCAUACGAGCAUUCGGCGUCGACAGGUUCCGCAAGAAUUGUACGCAGAUGGUGAAUGGUUUCAACCACGUGUUGCACGCGAUGUUCCCGCGAGCGGCGGCAGGGGCGGGGGCAGGGCCGGCGGCGGGCGCGCCGGUGCGCGAGGCGCUGCGCGAGAUGCGGGACGCGGCCGCCGCCGCCACCGGCCGCGCCACGCACAACGUGCUCUCCGUCAACACCACCUAACACGACUAACGCACUUGACGGCCUAUUCAUCAGGAGCAGCCGCUUGUGUCAGUUGCCAGCCAUAAACAUUUAACUGUCAGUGUGUCAUAGAGCAAUCAUCACAGAGCAGUCCAUAGACAACACUAAAGUUUUAUUUUGUUGUGGAAUAUGUGAACUGAAAUUUCAGUGAUAAAUCAUAAUUAUAAACUCUGAUUAAGAGAAAUGUAAUUAAAUACCUCAUUAUUAUAUUUUUUUUGUAUAAAUUAGCAAUUUUUAAUAACAGACUACGUUCAAUUAACAACUUCUAUAUUAUACAGAAAUAUAUACGGUAAAAUCAUUAUUUGUAUAAACUGUGUUCUUAUUAAAAAAUAAAAUGUAGCUCUACCGAGCUAUUUCUGAAACAUCUGAAAUAAUAAACUGUGCUUUGACUUGAAAUUUCAAAUAAAGAUCUUUGUAACUAUUUUACCCUUAAAAAACAGCAUAAUAUUUAUAGUUUAAUAAACAAUAUAGGGUUUAAUGCUCGUUAUAUUCAAUUAUCGAUUUUUUUAGUUCAUGAAAAUAAUCAUGUUAAUAUGUAUAAAUUUAAAUGUUGUAAGAAUCGAAAAAUAUUUGUAAUAUUAUCGAGCUAAAUAUUGAUGAAUAUAUCUAAGUAAUUUUAGACAACUUAUUUAAUUGAUACUGUCGCUUUAAACUGAGCAACACUUCUCGUCAAGACUCAGGUUGCGCGCC